AUGGGUGCAAUUAUAGGUAACUCAAAUACUCCUUAAGGAGAUACACCAAAUCCUAGUCCUGGAGAAAACCUUUCCCCUUAAAAAAACCCUUCCUCUUAAAUUGAUUUAAAUCAAUAUUUAAUCGAAGUUAGCGAGUGGGAUAAAAGAAAAAUAAUAAUUGAGAAAAAUGGCUCAGGUAUAAGCUAGAAUAAUGGUUAAGGAAAUGCUUAAGAAUAACAACAAUAAUAAUAACAAUAAUAGUAAUAAUUAUAAUAGUAAUAAUUGUAAUAAUAAUAAUAAUAACAAUAACAACAAUAAUAACAACAACAACAAUAAUAACAAUAACAAUAAUAACAAUAAUAUUAAUUGCAAUAAGAAAUAAAAAACUAAUAAAUAAAAGAUUAAGAGAAAAUAGACUAGGAAAUAAAAGAUUAAUAAAUAAAAGACUAAUAAUAAAAAGAAUAAGAAAUAAAAGACUAAUAAAUAAAAGAAUAGUAAAUAUAAGAAGAAUAAAAAAAAGAAGAAGAAGAAAAAUGUUUUAAAACAAAGAUAGAAGGAACAGCACCCAUUUUUAACUUUUUCCAGCCAUAAAAUAUCUUAGAUAAGUUGCCUUAAUAAUUUAAAUAAAUUUAUGAUAUGUAUGAAAAAUAUCAACCUCCUGAUGAAAAAAUUCAGUUUGACCCAGAAAUGCCUUUAUAUCCCCUAGAUGAGGAAGGCUUUUAUUAAGGAAGAAUGGUUGAUCAUAAGAAAUAAGGAUUUGGCUACUAUUUAACAUAAAAUGAAUUUUAUGAAGGAUAUUUCUAGGAUGAUGAAAGAAAAGGUUGGGGGAGAGUGAUAAAUUAUUAAGGAUAUUUGAGUGGAUUAUGGGACAAUGGAUGCUUAUAAAAGGAAAUGGAUGUAAAAUAAAAGAAUUAUUCGUAUAAAGGUUAAUGUAAAAAUUCAGCUCCUCAUGGAUAUGGAAGACUAGAAAAACCAGAAUUUAUUUAUGAAGGUAAUUUUGAGGAGGGUAAAAAGUAAGGAAAGGGCACUCAAGAACUAAAAAUUUCAAACGAAAAAUAUGAAGGUGAAUUUUUUGAGGAUAAAUAUCAUGGAAAAGGAACCUAUUAUUAUUAAAAUGGUAAACGAUAUACCGGAAACUUUAAAAAUAAUAAACCUGAUGGUAAAGGAGAGAUGUUUUGGCCACCACCAGAAGAAAGAUAUUAUAAAGGCGAUUUUGUCAAUGCUCAGAGGGAAGGAAAAGGAUAUUUUAGAAAUUCUGAUAAUUCAGAAUACGAAGGAGAUUGGAAAAAUGAUAAAUAAAAUGGUUUUGGAAAAUAUACCAGUAGUGGUUAAAUCGAAAUAUUUGGAAAAUGGAAAGAUGGAACUUUUUUAGAGGAUGAAUAACAAUGA